GAAGUUGGAGGUGGUGGGGGCCUUGUAGUCCUCAUUGCACUCACCAACGAACUCGGUGACGCUGAUCACGUCCGGCAUGGUGGAGUAGGGAGUUCGAACCCGGAAAAGAGAAGUGACGAGAGCAGCCCCAGGUGUAUUUCCGUCCAGGUGAGGCGCGUGCACCGUCACGUCCCUCCGUGCUCGCUGCCAGCGAGACGUCUCACUCGGCUUCACUUCCCAAGAGACCGAAAUCUGUAGGCCACGCCCACAGCCUUUCACUUCACAUAACUUUGACGUCCAACGAAAGCCUGGAAUUACCUUCACUUUAAUCUCUCGUCUUUGUCUUAGUAGAGAAGACAAAGCACGACAAAAGACAACAUGUUUUCUUUUGUUUCAUUGAUCAUGGCACGACUCAUUGACAGGAGCAUGUAGGAAGCCAUUGUGUCCACGGGGUGGCAAGCGCGUAGGGCACCACCAAAGAAGAAGAAAAACAGCGGAAGUAGCGCAGAGCUAAAUUUGUGGCGGAAUCGUGCCUCGAUAAAAGUGUUGAAUUCAUGUUAUUGUUCAUCAUUUUACUGCAAUAAACAUGGCAACGAAACGCAAACAGGAGAUAAUAGUUCCUGCCGAGGAAAGUGAUCAGCUGCUUAUUCGUCCGCUUGGAGCAGGGCAAGAGGUGGGAAGGUCCUGCAUCAUCUUGGAAUUUAAAGGAAGAAAAAUUAUGCUGGACUGUGGGAUCCACCCAGGUCUGGAGGGCAUGGACGCGCUGCCUUACAUCGACCUGAUCGACCCCGCCGAGGUGGACCUGCUGCUCAUCAGCCACUUCCACCUGGACCACUGUGGAGCUCUGCCCUGGUUCCUGCAGAAGACCAGCUUCAAGGGGCGCACCUUCAUGACGCACGCCACCAAGGCCAUCUACCGCUGGCUGCUGUCGGACUACGUCAAAGUUAGCAACAUCUCGGCCGACGACAUGUUGUACACGGAGACGGACCUGGAAGAGAGCAUGGACAAGAUCGAGACCAUCAACUUCCACGAGGUCAAGGAAGUGGCUGGCAUCAAGUUCUGGUGCUACCAUGCUGGACACGUGCUGGGCGCCGCCAUGUUCAUGAUUGAGAUCGCUGGCGUCAAGUUGUUGUACACAGGGGACUUCUCACGUCAAGAGGACAGACACUUGAUGGCAGCAGAGAUCCCCAGCGUGAAACCUGACAUCCUCAUCACGGAGUCCACUUACGGAACGCACAUUCACGAGAAGAGGGAGGAGCGCGAAGCGCGUUUCUGCAACACGGUCCACGACAUUGUGAACAGGGAAGGUCGCUGUCUUAUACCUGUCUUCGCUCUGGGAAGAGCUCAGGAGCUUCUCCUCAUCCUCGACGAGUACUGGCAGAACCACCCAGAGCUUCAUGACAUUCCCAUCUACUACGCCUCAUCUCUGGCCAGAAAGUGUAUGGCGGUCUACCAGACGUACAUCAACGCCAUGAACGACAAGAUCCGCAAAGCCAUCAACGUCAACAACCCCUUUGUCUUUAAGCACAUCAGCAACUUGAAGAGCAUGGACCAUUUUGACGAUAUCGGACCCAGCGUGGUGAUGGCGUCUCCUGGAAUGAUGCAGAGCGGUUUGUCCAGAGAGCUGUUUGAGAGUUGGUGUACGGACAAGAGGAAUGGUGUCAUCAUUGCCGGUUACUGCGUGGAGGGAACGCUGGCCAAGCACAUCAUGACGGAGCCUGAGGAGAUCAACACCAUGUCAGGCCAGAAGCUUCCUCUCAAGAUGUCAGUGGAUUACAUCUCCUUCUCGGCGCACACAGACUACCAGCAGACCAGCGAGUUCAUCCGAGCGCUCAAGCCGCCGCAUGUUAUCCUGGUCCACGGCGAGCAGAACGAGAUGGCGCGUCUGAAAGCAGCACUGAUUCGCGAGUACGAAGACAAUGAUGAGGUUCACAUCGAGGUCCACAACCCGAGAAACACAGAGGCUGUCACACUGAACUUCAGGGGAGAAAAACUUGCCAAGGUGAUGGGCUCGCUGGCGGACAAGAAGUGUGCUCAAGGUCAGCGCGUGUCUGGCAUCCUGGUCAAGAGAAACUUCAACUAUCACAUCCUCACACCCUCUGACCUUUCAGAGUACACAGACUUGAAUGUUGGUACCGUCACACAAACACAAGCCAUCCCCUACACCGGACCUAUCUCACUGCUGAUCACACAACUCAGAUGCCUUGCUGGUGAUGUGGAACAGCUGGAGGCAGCAGAGAAGCUCACUUUCAGGAUCUUCAAGAACAUUACACUCAUCUAUGAAGGUGGCAUGGUUCUGCUGGAGUGGCUCGCCAACCCGCUAAACGACAUGUAUGCUGACGUGGUGACCACGGUGGUUCUGGAGGUUCAGUCCAACCCCAACGCUCAGAAAUUUUUGGAAGCUCGGCCAGAAACCUUCGAGCAGCAAAUCUUCAUGGAGAGGCUGGAACUCAUGCUGCACGACAUGUUUGGAGACGACUGCGUACAUGUCAAAGACGAGAAAAAUUUAACGAUAAGUGUGGACGGCGUGUCAGCGAUCAUCGAUCCAGAGAGCAGAGUUGUAACGUGCACGGAUGACGAGUCUUUGAGGGAGAUGUUGGAAGUCGCUGUGCAUCGGCUCUACGACGCACUUUGCCCCACCCUCUGAGAGACCACCUAUGAUAUCAUGUGACUUUUUUUUCACGUUUUGUUUCUACUUUGUUGAAUAAAGUAAAACCACACA